AUGUUUCUUUGUCAAGAGAAAUAUGCAAAAGAUUUGUUGCAAAAAUUUGGAAUGCUCAAUUGCAAGACCAUCACUAUACCAGUGGAACCAAACACCAAGUUUUGUGCUCAUGAAGGGAAAGACUUGGAAGAUAGGUUAAUGUAUCAACAACUUGUAGGUAGUCUCAUUUACCUAACUUUAACUCGACCUGAUAUUUCUUAUAUUAUUGGGGUAGUGAGUCAAUAUAUACAGAAUCCCAAGAAACAACACUUGGAAGCAGUUCAACGAGUUCUAAGAUAUGUGAAGGGUACUCUUGAUUAUGGCCUUCUAUAUAAGAAAUGUGAGGUUUGCAAACUAGCUGGUUAUUGUGAUGCUGACUAUGCAGGGGAUCACGAUACACGUCGAUCAACCACUGGCUAUGUAUUCAAGUUUGGCUUGGGGACAAUUCCUGGGUAUACUAAAAGACAACCAACUGUGUCCUUAUCGACAAUAGAGGCAGAAUAUAGCGCAGCAGCUAUGGCAGCCCAAGAAAGUACAUGGUUAAUGUUCUUGUGGAAGAUUUGCACCAAAAAGUUGAUUAUGCAAUACCCCCUCUAUUGUGACAAUCAGUCAGUUCUGCGUUUAUCAGAAAAUCCUGUAUUUCAUGCAAGGACCAAACAUGUGGAGGUGCACUACCAUUUUGUUAGGGAGAAGGUGUUACAAGAAGAAAUUAAGUUGUUCUAUGUCAAGACUGAUAACUAG